AUCAAAUCGACGCAGCCACAGAUGCUACAUCAACUCCCAUGGAUUUGAGCUGGAGAGUGGAACGAAAUUCAUCUGCAGAAAUUUCACUGCAACCAGUGUCAACGGAGCCCUCGAAGGUGCAGAUGAAGAAGCGAAAACUGGGUGAGACCGCCACGAUCUACAUCUGCCCCAUAUGCAGCCGCGAACUGCCGACUCUUACUGCCUUCAUAGAACACAUGGCAACGCACCAUCACAGACUGCCUGAUGCGUGCAACGAGAGGGUGGCGGACGAACCACUGCCAGCCGUGAAGGAGGAGAGUGCAUUUGCGCAGAGUUCCGAGGAUAAACGCCGGGACUGUCAGAAGUGCCAACAGAUUGCUCACUUUGAGACGCAUCACGUGCACUCAGUCGCCAUCUGCAGUCUCUGUGGCCUUUGGUUUACCUCCAAGUCCCUCUUUGCCGCCCACGCAAUGGAGGCCCACGUGCGUAGGACAGAGAGAGCUGCCAGUCCACGCAGAACAGGCUGGAUCACGGGUGACCGGCUCAGAGAUGCAGCAUCCAGUCUCUCGGAGUCCAACUUUCUCGACCCAGUUGUUGCCUCAAUCCUCCUCAGUGGUCUUCUGCUCUCCACCUCUUCACAGACGCUUCGGCUGUUGCCCUACAUACGCGACAGUUUCGCCUCAACAACAGACACACUGCCGCGGAAACCGCAAGCGACCGCAGGCGCCCGUGAAGCUUCGGAGGCUGUGAGACCAAUAUCCUCGCCAAAGCCUAUUGAGCAGCGGUCAGAA